CAGCAGGCCAGGUGGCAAAGCCUAUGGUAGAUAUUCUGGUUUCAGUCGCGGAACCCGUGAAAAUGUCCCUUCAAACCAGACAAAAAGGACAAAAUUCACCAAGUUCGUAAUUUUGUUGCUAGAAUGAAAGAUGUCAUUGAAGCCUGGUGUGGUUAAUUUUGACGAGACAUGGGCGAAAAUCCUAAAAACACUAAAAGCCGUGGUAACACUGGAGAAGAUCGAACGAGCCGUUUGGAAUGAUCGGUUUUCUGAUGUAUAUGCACUAUGUGUUGCUUAUCCUGAGCCUUUGGGAGAAAAGUUGUAUAGUGAAAUAAAGUUGUUCUUGGAGGAACAUGUCAAAUCACUUUAUCAGGCUGUUAGCUCCCCUGAUAUAGAUAUACUCAGAGAGUAUCAUAGCCACUGGGCGAAAUACAGCCAAGGGUCUUCUUAUAUGGAUCUCCUAUUCAGAUACCUGAAUUCUCACUUGAAAAAGCAAAAGCAAGAUUAUGUUGAGAUCUCCCCAUACACUGUCACUCCAAUUUGUCCAGAUGCCAUAGACAUUGGGCCUCUUGCACUGAGCAUAUGGAAAUCCAUCAUGAUUGAACCUCUGAAAGAAACUCUUGUCCAACAUCUGCUGGCGGAAAUACGAAAGGACAGGAAUGGAGAAGGGACCCAACAGAAUGUGGUUCAUGACACCAUAAAGUCAUUUGUUGGAGUCCAGGAAUACCAGUCUAAAGGUGCCCUUAGUCUGUAUGAAAGCGAGUUUGAAAAGCCUCUGCUGCAGGAGACAGGAGAAUACUAUCGUCGAGAGGCAGCAGACCUGUUGGCUGAAAACCCUUGCUCUGUCUACAUACAAAAGGUUGAUGUACGUAUACAGGAUGAAGAUCUACGGGCUCGGAAGUUCCUCCAUCCAGUGUCUUAUAGCAGAGUGAUCAGGGAGUGCGAGGCCCGCAUGGUGGAGGAGCAUAUUCCAUACCUUCAAGCCGAGUGUCGACAGAUGGUCAGGGGAGAGAAGUGUGCAGACUUGUCUCGCAUGUACAAGCUGUUAAAGCACAUCCCCCGUGGUCUGCAUGUGAUGGUCACAGAACUGGAGCAACACGUGGAAGAGACAGGAUUAGGAAAAAUCAAAUCUGUCAACAUUGAAAGUGGUCCAUUUCAAUAUGUUGAUGCAAUGCUCGAUGUCCAUAGCAAGUUUACAAAGCUCAUAGAUGAGACUUUCCAUGCAGACCAAGCAUUCCAUGCUUCUUUAGAUAAGGCUUGUACAACAAUAGUAAACUAUAGACAUGAUGCUAGGAAACCCUCAAAGUCACCCGAGCUUCUUGCCAAAUACUGUGACUUGAUUCUGAAGAAAAGCAAUAAAAAUCUUUCUGAUUCUGAGCUGGAUGAAAAGCUUGGCGAAGUUAUAAUAGUUUUCAAAUACAUUGAUGACAAAGAUAUCUUUCAGAAGUUUUAUUCGAAAAUGCUGGCCAAAAGGUUGAUUCACAAUUUAUCAAUUUCUAUGGAUGCUGAGGAAGCAAUGAUUAGUAGACUCAAGCAUGCUUGUGGCUAUGAGUAUACUAACCGCCUGCACCGGAUGUUCACUGAUAUGAGCAUCAGCUCUGAUCUCAACUCCAGCUUCAGUGACUUCCUGGCAACAGCUCAGGUUAACAUGGGGAUCAACUUUUCCCUUCUGGUCUUACAGUCAGGUGCCUGGCCGCUUGGACAAACCUCAGUCUCCCCAUUUUCAAUCCCCCAGGAGCUUAUCCGACCUGUUCAGAUGUUUGAACAAUUCUAUAAUGGCAAGUUUAAUGGAAGGAAGCUUGCAUGGUUGCAGCACUUAUCAAAUGGUGAGGUCAAGCUUAACUACUGCAAACGGACCUACUUUCUGACAGUUUCCACCUUCCAGAUGGCAGUCAUGCUCCUUUUCAAUGAUAAACUGCAGUUCACAUUCAGUGAGCUAAGCACUUUGACCCAGCUACUUAACAAAGAGCUGACGCGAAUCAUCCAGUCUUUAGUUGAUGUCAAGCUGCUCAAUAAAACAGAGGAUGAUGACUCAAAAGAAGCUACCUAUUCCCUAAACAUGAAUUUCUCAAGUAAACGGACGAAGCUGAAGAUUACAUCCGCUGUUCAAAGAGAUUCGCCACAGGAGUCCCAGGAAUCAGAACAGACAAUGUCAUCUGUGGAUGAAGAUAGAAAAAUGUAUCUCCAGGCCGCCAUUGUGAGAAUAAUGAAGUCUAGGAAAGUGUUAAAGCAUAAUUCGCUGAUACAAGAGGUGAUCAGCCAAUCUCGAGCGCGAUUUAUACCAAGUGUGCCCAUGAUUAAGAAGUGCAUCGAAGCUUUGAUUGACAAGCAGUACCUGGACCGCCAGGAAGGCUCUAAAGACGAGUAUUCCUAUGUGGCGUAGUGGCUGCUGAGCACUCCCGUGACCCCACCCCGCGGUAGUAGUAUAGCGUGGGCGAUUCAGGGCUAGAAAUUUUGGUGCGCGAUGCCCUGAGGGUAAUUGUGGCAAGUUUUUGUUAAAUAUAGGCAGCCACGACAGACAAUUUUAUUAUUCACUGAAAAAUGUUAAAUAAAAGCUUUGUUUAAAA